GGCGCGGGGGCGCAGGGCUUAUUUUGUUUCCGGGGCGGCCGGAAAGUGCCGCCGGGAGCCGAGCGGCGGCCGCGCGGUGGGCAGAGCGGGAGGGAAGAUGGCGGCCGCGCCCGUGUACUGUCUCUGUCGCCUUCCCUACGACGUGACGCGCUUCAUGAUCGAGUGCGAUGGCUGUCAGGACUGGUUUCACGGCAGUUGUGUGGGGGUGGAAGAGGAGAAAGCUGCUGAUAUCGAUCUCUAUCACUGCCCGAACUGUGAGAAAACACAGGGUCCCUCUGUCAGUGCCAUUGCCCUUUCAGUGAGGAGGAGGAAAAACUGUGCCAAACUGGAGCCGGUGGAGAACAAUGAGCGAGCGAGGCCGGUACAGACCGGGAGCCAGACCUUCAUCAGGGAACUGAGGAGCCGGACCUUCCCCAGUGCUGAUGAGGUGAUCCUGAAGCCGGCUGGCAGCCAGUUGACGGUGGAGUACCUGGAGGAGAACAGUUUCAGCGUUCCCAUCCUGGUGACCAGGAAAGAGGGGCUGGGGAUGACAAUCCCCCCUCAAUCCUUCACCGUCGGUGACGUGGAGCAUUUUGUAGGGGGUGACAGGACCAUUGAUGUGAUUGAUGUGGCCAGACAAGCUGACUGUAAGAUGAAGCUGGGAGACUUUGUGAAGUACUACAGGAGCAGCCGCAGAGAGAAGGUGUUAAACGUCAUCAGCCUGGAGUUCUCAGAGAGCAGGCUGUCUAACCUGGUGGAGACGCCCAGGCUGGUGAGGAAGCUGUCCUGGGUUGAGAACCUGUGGCCGGAGCAGUCGGUGUUCGAGAGGCCGAGCGUGCAGAAAUACUGUCUGAUGGGGGUGAAAGACAGUUACACCGAUUUCCACAUCGAUUUCGGGGGUACGUCAGUCUGGUACCACGUCCUCAAGGGCGAGAAGAUUUUCUACUUGAUCAGACCCACCAAUGCGAACCUGGCCUUGUUUGAAUGCUGGAGCUCUUCGUCCAACCAGAACGAGAUGUUUUUCGGUGACCAGGUGGACAAGUGUUACCGCUGCUCAGUGAAGGCGGGUCACACGCUGUUUAUACCCACAGGCUGGAUACAUGGUGUCCUGACACCAGUGGAUUGUAUCGCGUUCGGAGGCAACUUCCUUCACAGUCUGAACAUCGAGAUGCAACUCAAAGCGUACGAGAUUGAGAAGCGCCUCAACACAGCCGAUCUUUUCAAGUUCCCCAACUUCGAGACCAUUUGCUGGUAUGUGGGCAAACAUCUACUAGACACCUUCAGAGGCCUACGAGAGAACGGGAGGCACCCAGCGGCCUAUCUGGUGCAUGGAGCCAAGGCUCUCAACAUGGCCUUCAGGUCCUGGACAAAGAAGGAGGUAGUCAAGGACCAUGAGGAAGAGAUUCCAGACUGUAUUCGAACGGCUCAGCUGAUUAAAGACUUGGCCAAGGAGAUCCGGCUGGUCGAACCUGCAGGGAAGGCGGGUGGGGGCUUGGGGGUGUUGAGAAGCCCCCAGACCACGGGGUUGGCCAGCCCGGGGCCCAAACCAGGCCGCAAGCGAGGGUCCCAGGUCAAGGAACGGGGUAAGAGGAAGGGCAAGAAGGCCAAGGAGGUGUGUGAAAUCCUCACCCCUGACCUGGACCUGCUGGAGAUGCACACGAAACAAACCCUCAAGAAAAUGGAGUCUCCCAAGAAAGAAAAGCACGACGUGUCCAGCUCUGAGCUACAGAUGGACAGCUUGGAGGGGGAGCUCUCGAUGGAUGCCUCGGUCGGGCUUGACGAGAGCAAACUCAGGUUCAUCCUUUCCAAUGGCAAGAUAAUGAGCAAUAAAGGUGUGAAGGUCCCAGGGAGCAGGAGGGGGAAGUUUGCCCCACUGCUGGGGAUACUGGAGGGGGUGAAGGGGGGCAGACGGAACCUGAAGGAUGAGUACAGCUACGAUUCCGAUGACGACCUGCAGAUCGACGAGACCCCCAAACGGGAGCGGCGGGGGGUGGCGGGACGCAAAAAAUCCCCGAAGUUACCACGUCGCUUGCCCAGAGCCAAGCCGUGUAAGGAUCCGUUGAGAAAGAGAGAGCCUGGAGAGGUGGACUUCGAUAUUGAGGUGGGUAGGCAGGAGGACGAUUCUUCAGAGGAUGAAAACUUUGCGAUGGAUGUUGAGGUGAAGAAUGGGGUGAAAACGGGAGACAUGGCGGGGACAAGUAGCUCAGGAGGAAUACUGGACCUGCUGAAAGCCAGUAAAGAAGUGGGAGGCUUGGACUACGCCACUCAGAGCCAGCCGCCUGCCUCCCCCAGCACACAGGAGGCCAUCCAGGGGAUGCUGUCCAUGGCCAACCUGCCCUCCUCUCCGGCCUCCAGCCUGCAGGCCUGGUGGACCAGCGGGCAGGACCGUAACGUCUCCACCUCCACUGGCAGCCAGGCCCAGGGCAAGAAGAGCAAAGGCCGGCACGUGGCGCGGGCCAGCAAGCGAUCUCCUCCAGCAAAGACUCCCGCACCGACUCCCGCGCCCACUCCCACUCCCGCGCCCACACCCACACCGACUCCGGUGCAGAAACCGAGACAGAGAGCUGACAGCCACCACAGCACGGCCAGCGACAACGACAGCUUCGACGAUCAGGAGAGUCUUGGGGCUUGUUUCAAAGACUCCGACUACGUGUAUCCCUCCCUGGAGUCUGACGAGGAUGACCCAGCCUUGAGGUUGCAGCCAAAGAAGAGGCGAGAGAGUGACGAUAGCCCCUGGAACCCGAAAGCUCGUGUGGCCCCCACGCUCCCGCGGCAGGAGAGGCCGGUACGAGAGGGAACACGCGUGGCUUCCAUCGAGACCGGGCUAGCGGCAGCUGCAGCCAAACUCUCACAACAGGAACAGCAGAAAACACAGAAGAAAUGUCCCAACAAGAAGAAGCCGCUGGUGGAGGAGCCGAGUAAAGUGAAGGCGAAGGUGGAGGCGGAGGCCGAGCCGGAGGCCGAGGUGGAGGGGGCGGCGGUGGUGCCCAAGCAGGAGGUGUACAGCGGAAGCCUGCUGGACCACGAGUACACGGCAGGUCCCAGCACCUUCGGCCUGCCCCAGAUCAGCCGCGGAUCCACACCCAUGGCUCCCGGGGUCUUCCUCACCCAACGUCGAGCCUCCUCAUCCUCACAGGGUAGCCAGACCCCAACUGAGCACUCGCGGGAGACCAAGUGCACUGCAGGAAAACGUCCGAAGAAAGGGCUGGCAACAGCCAAACAGCGACUGGGCAAAAUCUUAAAGAUCCAUCGGAACGGGAAGCUCUUGCUUUGAGAAUAUUUUUCUAUUUUACAUGUCGGGAACUUGAGUGUUUGUAUAUGUCUUGUACAGUGAAUUUUCCUCUUGAAUCCAGCUCCUCUCCCCUCCAUUCCUCGUUCCUACCCCUCCCUCGCUUCCCCACCCUCCUCGCUUCCUCCCACCCCUCACCCACACAUUCCCCACCAUUUUGGACAAAUAGAGGGUAUCAGAUGUAAGAGUAGAGAAAUUGAGAGCUUUUGCAUAUAUAUAUAUAUAUAUAUACAUGUGUGUGUGUGUGUAUACAUGUCUGCAUUUUCCAAUGUUCAGAAUCUAGACUGGUUGUGAUCUGACUCACUCACUAACGCUCUCGCUCACUCGCUCGCUCACUCACUCGCUCC